AGUUAAAAGUUAGGGUUUCGAGCUUCUUUAAAUACGCAAAAAACCCUACUUUGCUCCUCUUCAUCGUAGCGCCAGACUGAGAGGAAGAGAGAGGGAGAUUCUUUGUUUGCUACCUUCUCUCGGAAAAAUGGUUACGUUCAGGUUUCACCAGUACCAGGUGGUUGGGAGGGCUCUUCCCACGGAAGCAGAUCAGCACCCCAAGAUCUACCGAAUGAAGCUCUGGGCCACCAACGAGGUUCGCGCCAAGUCCAAGUUCUGGUAUUUUCUGAGGAAACUGAAAAAGGUGAAGAAGAGCAAUGGCCAAGUGCUUGCCAUCAACGAGAUUUUUGAGAAGAACCCAACCAAAAUUAAGAACUAUGGUAUAUGGUUGCGGUAUCAGAGUAGGACUGGUUACCACAACAUGUACAAGGAGUACCGUGACACCACUCUAAACGGUGCAGUUGAGGCAAUGUACAAUGAAAUGGCUUCUCGUCACAGGGUCAGGAGCCCUUGCAUCCAAAUUAUCAAGACUGCGACCAUCCCAGCUAAGCUUUGCAAGAGGGAGAGCACCAAGCAAUUUCACAAUUCCAAAAUCAAGUUCCCAUUGGUCUACAAGAAAGUUAGACCACCUACCAGAAAGCUGAAGACCACAUACAAGGCCAAAAAGCCCAACUUGUUUAUGUAACGUGGUUGAUGAAUGAGUUACAAAUACUUGGUGUCUAUCAGGCGUUUUUAGUAGAGACGUACCCGUUGGUUUUUUACUGCCAGAUUUUGUUUGAGGUUCUUUUAGACUAUUUUCAUUGGGUUUAUCUUUAUGUUUCUGUUGGAUAUUAUCUUUUGAUCAUUUUGAUAAUUGAGUAGAAUUGAACAAAAUUUAUAUAUAUGGCUGUUAACC